AUGGGAAAAUCUGCUAAGUCACAACCUGAUUUUCUAGUUUCUGGUAUCUUCAAAGUAUCAACCUACGGCAGGCGGCGUCGACCAAACCAGUCAUCAUCGCCAUCAGAAUAUCUUUCGAGACAGAACUCAUCAGGGCCAUGGAGCGCAAAAGAAGUUUCGGAUCAGCCAUUAACACGAUGCAAAAAAUUAUGGCCUAUGAAAGAGCCAGAAGAAACAAAUUUACGAGAGCUAAACGAUGGCUUAGUGACACUGGCUGAGAUUUUUCCGGACGUGCAAAUUGAGGUGUUUCGGGAAAUGCUCCUGAGCUUUGGAGAAGAAUCUCGACUGGCUGUUGUGACUGAAGCUUUGCUUAGACACAAGGCCCAUUGGGUAAGAGGCCGACAUAAAAAGUGCGACUUGAACACACAACGGAUACAAGGUAUCAAUCAAGUACUACCUGGUGCUUAUGGAAUUGUCGCAACAGAGGAUAGAUUUCGCAGCGCAAGUUACAAAGAAGCUGUAGAAAAUUUAGCAUUUCAAGAGUUUGAUCUUUCCCAAUCUACAAUCAAGGACAUUUUGGCGGGCGCCAAUUACUCUUAUGCUCGUGCACACCCGACUUUAGUUGCACUUCUAUUGAAAUCUUGGCGGUUUUCAAUUUCUUCUUUAUUCACAGGAAAGAAACUUAUACAUACACUUGACGCGAGCAACCAUCCUCUUGUCUCAUGGUUAUCAAAAGAGCAUGGGUCUCAAAUACCUAUCUUGAAAAGCAGUGGCUGCCCGGAACUCGACAAAGAGCUUUUAGAGACAAUAAUUAUCCCCACUCAACAAAAAUUACGAGCUCGACAGGAACAAAUAGAUUAUAGAAUUGCUCGCGAUAUUAACAGGGCUGAAGUAGAACGACAAAACGGCUUAAUCGACUGCGAAUGUUGCUUUAGCUCUCUAAGUUUCGAAGAAUUGACGGCUUGUGAUAGUGGUCAUUUAAUAUGCACUGAAUGCAUUAAGCGUUCUCUUAAAGAAGCAGUCUUUGGACAGGGAUGGCAACGCUAUAUAAAUUCGGAUCUUGGAUCCUUACGAUGUGUGGCGGCUACUUCUAAUGAAUGCUCAGCUACCGUGCCAAAUGUCCUUGUGCGACAGGUACUCAGUAUGGACGAGACUGACAAAAAACUCAUCCAAAAACUAGACGAGAGGCUUACCGAAGAAACUCUGAUAAAGUCUGGAUUGCCUCUGAUUCGCUGCCCCUUUUGCUGCUACGCGGAAGUUGACGAACUAUAUCUUCCUGAAGUACAACGGGCAUGGAAAUUUAAACGUUUUGGACCCUUCCCUAUCUACAUACCUAUUGCGUUUACAUUAUGCAUUGUUACGAUACCCUUGGCGCUUGCUAUAUUUAUACUCUUCUCUUUCCUAUUUUAUCUUUUUCUUCGGCGCUCAUUUGGUCAGUUUGUCGUCCAUCAAUUUAGAGAGUCCGUACUUCGCAUCCGUCGAAGUCGACUCAGUCUGAAAUUUACUUGCCAGAACAAAUAUUGUCGGCAGAUCUCUUGCCUUUCAUGUCACAAAGGAUGGUCUGACAUCCAUGUUUGCCAUGAAUCAUCCCUCCUAUCCUUACGAACCCAGGUUGAGCUCGCAAUGUCUCUUGCUGUAAAGCGUACUUGUCCUUGUUGCAAUACCUCCUUUGUAAAAUCAUCUGGUUGCAAUAAGCUUACAUGUGUGUGUGGUUACCAGAUGUGUUAUGUAUGUCGAAAAGAGAUCAGCAAGGGGGAAGGUUAUCGUCAUUUUUGUGAACAUUUCCGACCGAAAGGGAAUCAGGAAUGCGGUGAGUGCCUUAAAUGCGACCUUUACCGCUGUGAAGAUGACGAGUUGGUUGUGAAAAAAGCCAAACAAAAGGCUGAGACCCGGUGGAUGGAGAAAGAAGGCUCAAGGCUUGGUAGUAACAAAGCUACACGAAAGAUGCUAGAAGAGAAGUGGAAGCGAGACGGUGAAGUUUCUCCAUUUACGAGUAGGCUGAGGGCUUGGCAAAAGUGGAGGAUUCCGGACUGGCAGCAGGUGACGGAUACCCUAGUUGGAUUUUUAGUUAUGAUUUAA